AUGGACAAAUGUCAAGUUGUAGUUGCACUGUUCUUCACUUUGGUUCUUGCUAGGCUUAACCUCUCCACAAGCCAUGUCCUGAAGGGAUCGGUUGUUUGCCUCGACUGUAAACCUCAUUCGGAUCUCUCGGGCAUUCAAGUCUUAGUGAAAUGUGACAAAAUGAAGAAGUUGGCUAUCGCAACCACACAACAAGAUGGCACCUUCGACACCGAGCUUCCAUCGGACGUCUCAACUUCGCCUAAUUCUCUCAAUUGUCUGGCCAAAAUACUGGGUGGUCCUCAUCAACUCUAUACUUCAAGAAAAGACUCAGUUUCCAUGAUUGUUAAACCUAAUGGGGUCAAGUUCUAUGCCACUGCUAAGCCUCUCAAUUUCUACAAAUCAUGCCCUUUAUCAAGAAAUUAUGAUGGGAAAUGUGUAACAAAGAACAUGGAAUUUGGUUCAUCCAAGACGGUAGAUCUGCCUGUGCCAAGAGAAUGGGGAAUUGCACCUACUAGUUAUUAUGCUCCAUUUAUUCCCAUUAUUGGCAUACCAUAA